ACUGAAGCGGCGCUCUCCUCACACCACAGUCCGGGGUCCCGCACUUUCAUAGAAGGGCCUACUUCCGUCAGCCCGCCGCUCUUAAAAAGCUGUAUUUGUGUAAAAAUAUAUAUUUAUAAAGAUAUUCGGCUUUUCCUUUCCGCUCGGGAGACCCGGGAGGCUCGUUUCUCCGUUUCCUAACACGGUUCCUGCCGGUGCAAGGUGGAUUGACCUGUCAUGAAUGAGCCGAUUGAAGGCGGUGCGAUCUCGUUUGACGAGUAUGUGCGACAGAAGGCACGAACCGUGCCUCAGCACCGCAUGAAGGAGUUCCUGGAGUCACUGGCCACCAAAGGCCCUGAGGUCCUGCAGGAGUUCAGCCAGCAGACCAGUGGCACUACCACUACCAUGGUUUACCAACAGGGGGCCAACUGCAUCUACACUGACAGCACAGAGGUGGCAGGAUCAUUGCUGGAGCUGGCAUGUCCGGUGCAGGUGACAUCUGCACAGAUCUCACCACAACUGGCUGCAGCUGUGCAGCAGGCAUCUGAGCAGCAGAUUCAAGUCCAGGUGCAGAUCCAGGGCGAGCAGGGUCAGACGGUUGGUCAGGUGCUGCAGGUGGCUUCUCCUACUCAGCAGCAGCUACAGGGAGUGACGACACAGCUGGUGCAGCAGGGGGAGCUUACAGAGGAACAGCAACAACAGCUCCAGGCGCAGUUGGUGGCAGCAGUAGCUGGAGGACAGCAGAUCCAGAUCCAGACAGUGGAGACGCUAUCUCCCCCACAUCAGCAGGGUUCUCCUCGCGAGGCCGAGCGACGGCCAGGAGCCUCGUCAUCCGUCCUGCAGCCGGCAAAGAAACGCAAAGUGGACGUCCCCACAGUGGUGUCGUACUCUCUACCCCAGGGCCAACAGUUGGCCACAGUGUUAGCCAUCCCACAGGGCCAACAACAGGGCUACCUGUCCCUGCGGCCUGACUUGCUCACUGUGGACAGCACUCACCUGUACAGCGCCACCGGCACCAUCACAGGCCCGGCAGGAGAAACAUGGACAAUCCCCGUGUAUUCGGCCCCGCAACAGCAGGGCGUGGCCCACAUCGCAAUCCCACAGGAGGCCUACAGCACCGUACAGGUGCAAGCGUCACCCGCAACACAGGACAAAGAUAAGGACAAGAUGAUGGCCCAGGCGGCUGGUGCGGUGGCUGUGCCUGUGUCCGGUGCUGGGGUGACCACACAGGAGGAAGUGGUGCACUCGCUUUUUCCAGCACAGUUUAUGAAUGGAAAUAUCCACAUCCCAGUAGCAGUACAGACCGUAGGGGGAGGGUACUCGGGAACCACUCAAGCUCUGCACAUAUGGGACCCCCAGCAGCAGCAACACGUCCAGGAAGCUGAGGUUCAGGAACAGCAGCUCCAUCUACAGGCAGAGGUGGAGCCUCAAGCAGAAGCACCUCCUGAAUUGCUCCUUCCAAACACACUUAAAUCUGAGGAAGGUUUAGAGGUUUGGAGGAUUUGGGUACAGCGCAAAAAUUCAGAGCUGGAUAAGAACGAACAGAACAAACUAGCUCCUAUUGGCCGGCGCCAGCCGCUGCGUUUCCGGGAGGAUCUGAUCUCCAGCUCAGUAGCUGAACUCAAUGUGGCUUUAGCCAUGAUGACCCAGGAGGCCCGUGGCUUAGAGGACGAGCAGUAUGAACCCGACGCGCUUUAUUAUAUCUUCUUAUGCAUACAGAAAUACAUGUUUGAGAACAACAGAGUGGACGACAUUUUUUCAGAUCUGUACUACACUCGCUUUUCCCAGUGCUUACACAAAAUACUAGAGGAGUGGAGGCCCAGUAUUCACCCACUUGGUUAUAUUAUUCCUAGUCAUGUAUCUGAGGAGAUGUUGUGGGAAUGUAAACAGCUGGGAGCACAUUCUCCUUCUACUCUACUUACAACAUUAAUGUACUUCAACACCAAGUACUUCCACCUGACCACAGUGGAGCAGCAUAUGAAAGUGGCCUUCUCCAAAGUGCUCAGACACACAAAGAAGAACCCAGCCAAUCCGAAAGACAAGAGCACCAGCAUCCGCUACCUGAAGGGUGUAGGCUCCCAUCAUGUUGGGCAGAAAGUGACGGAUGACAUGUAUGCAGAGCAAGCUGAGGAUCCAGAGAAUCCACUCCGAUGUCCAAUUAAACUCUACGACUUUUACCUCUUUAAAUCCCCUCAGACUGCCAAAGGCCGGAACGACACUUAUUACCUGACGCCAGAGCCGGUUGUGGCCCCCAACAGCCCCAUAUGGUACUCCACCCAGCCAAUCACGAGCGAGCAACUGGAACACAUGCUCACGCGCAUCAUGAUGGUGCGUGAAAUCCAGGAAAUCAUCUCCAUCGCGCAGGCCAACAUUCAGUGAGGGAGUACAAGGAAGGACAGGGAGAAGAAUGAGAGCGAGAACGAGUCCGUUUCUGCCUCUGAUCUCCUUCGUCCUCGCAGCUUCUCCGCGGCUCAGUCGCUCACACGCUCAAAGGAGGGAACUCUUAACUCUUGUGGCCAUUGCUGUCUCCUUGUGCUCUGUAUUUAACCCGUGAGCUGAAGUGGAGCACUACCGGCGGUACGUGGGCUGUUUUCCAGAGGAGGCAAUGUUUAAAUUACUUAAAUUACUUAAAUUAUUUACUACGUAUGAUCCAUAAAGUAGUGAUUUGAAUAUCUGCACGGUCUCUGUUGUGGAAGGACAUUUUAAAACUGUUAUGGACGUGGCAGAAUAAAGUCAAACAUCUGUCUGCAAGCAUCUGUCCUUCACAGAGUUUAUAGACGGAUAGCUAACCUGAAAAGAAAAAAGGCGAGCAUCACUAUUGUGAGCAUUUAUACUUGCAAGAAUAUGCAAGAAAAUGAUGCUCAGCAGACCAAUCAGUUGCUGCGGUUUGCGUCAGGCUAUUGCGUUGGCUAAAGGUGUUUUCACACUGAACACAGUAUGUGUGCGCCGGUUAGUCGCAAAAGUAGGAGGUGCCUACAAGUGGCUAUUUAUAGACAGUUUUAUUUAUAGACUGAUUUGUGAUUUGGCCACGGUCGAAGAGCAGCAUGCAAAAAUUAAAAUAAUUUGAACUUGACCCUGCGUGUCUGCUGCGCUGGACUCCAUUUGUCUGUAGCAGUGCUUUGUGCAGAUAAACACAUCACAUUGAAAACAUUCGAUUCUGAGUUAAAAAAAAAAAAAAACAGCUGCAAAAUUUCCACACUGUGUGAAAGCAAGGCAUAUAUUUGAUGCAGACGCAUAAACUGGCCUUAACAUCAUGGUCAAGGUAUAUUAUUAGUAUACCAACUGAUAUAUUUAGCCAGGCGUCUUUUCACUUUGCUGUAUAUGUUCAAAAAUAAUGUACAGUUCUAAAAUGGUCUGCAAUAACAUGGUUAUAGUUAUGUAAAGUACUUCACUGGCCAUUUUUCAGCGUUAUGAGGUUUUGAUUAGCAAGGCGUUUCUUCGUUUGGCCUUCUUAGGUUAUUUGUAGUUCUUGUACUUUUUCAAGACCAUACAGCCACAAUGGGAAUUGCAGUAUGGACUUGAUUAUGUUCUCACGUUGCAAUUGACAGUGCAUUUACUGAAAGAAAAACAUACUACACAGCUUGCAAACAGAGAUUAUGGUGCAACCUAUUAUAAUUUUAUACACUGACAACCUGUUAAUAUUAAAACUUCCGUGUUUUUUUUUUUUUUUUCCUUCGUUUUGGUUUCAUUUGCCUCCUCUGCUGGGCUGCUGCUGGAGCAUGUGCAGAGCUUAUUCUGAGGACCGGACUGAACUCGACUCAUGAGCCUUUUUAUUUCAUAAUAAAGACAUUACUUACUAUGAAUUUUCUCUGAACGAUGGCCGCUGGAGUGACACAAUCUAACCUCAUUUCUCAACGUGUGAUUUCUCUUCUCUUCUCGCUGUGGCUGUUGAAUAUGUAGCUCCCUGUACCACACCCACCCACCAACCACCUACUUACACCACUUCAUAUUUCUGUAAUUUGUUUUCCCAUUGCACCAAUUCUUGGUUUGUUCUUUUGGCAUCAGAACUGAGAGGUGUAAAGAAAAAUUGGCAUUAAAAAAAUGCAGAAACAGACUGGACACAUCGCUGCGAGGGAGUGAAUAUAGAGCAGCAAGCAGUCAGAAGCAUGAAUGCAGAAUGCAAAACACUCAGAACGCAGGUUCUUCUUCAAGAUCAUCUUGUAAUCUUGUUCACGCACCACAUCCCUGAAGUAGGACAUGGCAGGAGUACAGUCAACACACUUUUGAGGAGUGUACUCUACGUGGAAAGACUCUCUGGUUCAGUUUUUCUUUUUGUUUUGUUUUUAUUUUUUUUUAUAUAUAUGCAUCUAUGGUAAUCUGAUAUGUAUUGUUAUUAUAGUGGUGCUGGAGACUGGUGAAUUGGAGCCUGUGUUUUCAAACAUGCCUUUUGUACAGUGAGGUCCCUGUAA